CGUGUGGCUUUGGUUGUGGGAGUAUCGCGCUCCGUUCCGGACACGGGCAUUUGACUGGAAGUAGUGUUCUCUGAGGACUUUGGCAAUUGACUUGGGUUCUGUGAAUCAAAGAGUGAGAUUACGAGCAAGUCUGGAUUCUCCCUGGUGUUUUAUGGGGAUCGCGCAGUUAUGGACAGCGGGCGGUCGGCAGGCGCGGGCAUGGGUGGUCCUCGCGGGUUGGUCGCGGGCGUGAAGGCGGCCUUUCGGUCCCGCUCUCGUUCCGAGAAAUCCAGAUCUCGUUCGCGCUCCAGAUGUGAGAACAACAGAACAGAUGACCACGAUGAGGGUCGCCACGGCAAGAGCGAGCGGGCCCCGCGGUCGCCCUUCUUGGGCUGGGCGCGGUCGCGGCACAAGGAGCUGCCCAGGGCGAAGGACGCGGUGAAGGCCAAGGAAGUUACAAGCUGCACCACGGAAGGCAGUGGCCCUUGCUCCCUCCUCCAGGCGGAGCGGCUGAGCCUUCAUUCGUCGGAGGAUUACUGGCACACCUCCGAGGAUUUGCGCGAUAUCCGGCGGGGGACAUAUACGAGUUUCAGGAGUGACUUUUACGACAGUAAGUACGCGGGUGAAAAAGAAAACGAAAAAACUCUGGACCGACUAAGGUUGCUGGUGGACGAUGGCGCUGCCACCAGACUGCAGGACUCGACGGAAAAGAGCGGUGGUCGCCUUGGCAGGUACGUCAACCUCCCCGUCGUUUGCGCCGAUGUCGCUGGUCAGGUGCCGGGCGAGAGCAGUGCCAGGGCCGGAGAGGGCGGGUUGACCCACGGCGUGAGUGCGAGCAACUACGGGAAGGCCUUUUGCGGGGCUGCUACGGCCCGCGGGUCUCGGGGGCUUGUGUGUGCGAGUGACGCGGGCGAGAGGGGGGGCGUGGAGGGGGAGACGGAACUGGAGGGGGAAGUGAGGGUGCAGGGAGAUGGCAGUGACAUGCGUGAGGACGAUCACGUUGAAGUGAAAAGCGAAAAACAGUUGAGGUUCGAUACUUCGACCAUUAAGAGAUACUAUGACAAAGAGAAGACCUCUGAAUCUGUUAGAGGUUCGUGGUUAAAGUCAGCCUUAAGUUAUAACUUGGAAGUGCCAGAAUCUCCCAGGAACGAAGUGAUCGUGCUCGCUCUAGGUAUCGACCAGUACAUAGAAGAAGUGUUUAGGUUCUUGGAUCGCUCGGGGUCGGGCCGGGUGGGUAUAGAGGACUUCGAUGCCCUGUGCCAGGUCCUCGGGCUGGCUGAGAGCGAAGGGUUGCCGAGGAAGGGGCAGCAAAGGUGUCAGUGUCUCGGGUCGAAGCUGACACUGAAUGGCAGCCUCGAUAAUUCCUUGCUGAACAACGAAGUGCCAGGCGAUAAAGAGUGUCCCAUCCAUCUCAACUUCAGCGAAUUCCACGACCGGCUGUGCGAGAGUUUCGUGAAGGGGGCGCAGACGGAGACCCUCUCCCCGCUCGCGUCUCGGCGCCCUUAUAACCCGCGCCUCGUAACGUCGGUGGUGCAUAUUCAGCGGCGGUAUGACAUCCUCGAGAAGAUUUCGAAGUCAAUCGCAGAAAUAAACUCGGAGUUGGAGGGCGACGUCAAGAGGCCCCCGGCAGAGUGUCCGACAGCGGCGUCCGCCUGUUGCACCUCGCGGCAGCCCGCCCACGUCGAUCGGAACUCCAACAUCUCUCCUCAGCCGUCGUAUUCUGAGACUUGUCUCCUGAAGCGACAGGUGCUUUUACAACAGCAGGAACUUCAGUGCCUUCGUGAGGUUAUUGAGGACAUGCGAGUCGCUCUCCAGAAUUCUGACGCUGAAAACUUGUCGCUCCAGGUACAAAUGGCGAGAAGUUCCGCCCCCGCCCGACGCGGGUCGGAACACGACCUGUGUCUUACCGACGAGGAGGACACAAUCGACGACCUGGUGAGGCAACUGACGGAGCUGAGUCGCCCAAGGAGUGAUACUUCUUCUAUUCCCGUCGCAGAAGUCGCUCCUCAGCCACAGGAAGCACCGAAGGAGGCGCUGCAGGUCGAUAAUCCCAAGUGCAAGAAGGAAACGCAGGAGACUGCUUCGCCCCCUCCUGAGCCUCCCGGUUCUCCAAAGGAACCCCACAACACUGCCUUUAUUUCCGGUGACCUUUCCUUGGAGGCUGAACUUCAGGCCACGUAUGAAGCCUUGCAGUCGGCGCGGGAGGAGCAGGAGGCGACGCAGGCCGACCUUCAGCGGACGGUCAGUCAGCUGCAGCAACGGGAGGCGGACCUGAAGGGGGCCGAACUCAGCCUGCAGGCCUCGUACACCGCCCUCGAAAAGGUUCAGUACGACAGCCACGCCCUCGUGAUGGAGGUCGCGGAAACCAGGAGUCUCCUGGAGGAGGCCAAGGAGAGGCUCACCGGAGCGCUGGAGGAGCUGGCGCAGGCGAAAAGCACCAUCCAGGAGCAAGAGACGCAGCUGACGUGCGCCAAGGAAAGCUUGGAGGUCCUUCAGAACUCAAGACACCGCGUCGUGAAGGAGGUCUCGUCGGCACGGAACCUGGUUGCGGGCAGCAUGGAGCAGGUGCGGGCGGGUGAGCACGCCCUCGCCGCCCUCGCCUCUAUGCACGCCCAUUCCUCGCCCAUCGGCAGUACAAGAUUGGAUUCGGUUUGCAGAGCGGACAGCGGCUUGUAUAGUGAAGACAGCGAACGAGAUGACGACAUGAAGACCCCGGAUCGAUCAACAGACCACAUAUCUGCUUCUGACGACGACUUGUGGUCUCCGAGGGGCGCGCCCUUGAAGGACACCAGGAGCAGAAACGACUCGAACUCGUCCUGCAGCCCGAAGUCCCCGGCGAGUCCCCGGUCGGAGUCGGACCUUCUGACGCCGUCCCUGGGUUCGCCGACGCUGAUGAUCACGGAGGAGGAAGAAGAGGAGUCCUCGUGGGCGGUCCGUGAGGCCAAGAAGGGCGGCGCCUUGACCUCGACCUCCACCGCGAUCAUCGAGGGGCUGGAGAAGGAGGUGCAGUGGAUCCAGGAGUCCCUGGACGCCGCUGAGAAGGAGUGGGAUCGGGAACAAAGCCUGUUCUCCAAGGACGACAACGACGCCUACGGGAUGUCGGGAGUCUUAGACGAGAAGCUGCGGCACGUGGAGGCCGAGCGGGUCAGGCUCGCCCUCCUCGAAGACAAGCUGAGACAUCUCCUCCAGGUGCUGCUGACCUUGGCGGACCUGAACCUCUCCCGCCGCACCCUCGGCCGCCUGGUCCUCGAGGCCGUGGAAGACGCCGCUGGAGCCAAGAUCGGGGAGGUGAGGAGCCUAGCGAGCCUCAGGGACAGCGACGUGUCUCCUCUGGCGUUCCUCCCUUCCUUCCUCUCCUCGACGAGCAGUUACCACACGCUGUCCACGGAAACUCUCGUUCACCUGGCGCUUCGGGGCCUCACGCGUCCCCCUCAGAUGCCCGAACUCCCGGAUCACUUCGAAGCUACUCUUGGCUAACGACGACGUUUCGGAAAAAAAAAAAUAAGACGACAGUGAGAGUGAAAUAUAGAAAUUUGGGAGGAACGAAGGAAAAAAUAGUGGCGUAAGUGAAUAAGAGAAAGUGAAAGUGUAAUAUGCAAAAGACUGCCGUAAUAUAUUUUAUUUCGGACAGAAAGCAUUUCUAAGAUUUAAAGAAGAAACUGAUAUACCUGCAAUAUUCCAUAUUUUUUCUUAGGAACUUUGAAUGCCUUUGAGUAUUGUCUCAAGAUGUUCAAGAGGUAGUGGUUGUGAAUGUGUUUGUCUUUUGUUCAUGAUUAAACACACUUAAUGACAAUUCAGGAAUGAUAAAGUACUGUAUAAGUAAGUAUUUAAUUACUCGCGCAUUAUUAAGGCAUAGAGCGAAGGAUUCCUUCAUACCAGAAUAUAAAAAAAAACAGAGAAACACACUCUACCGAUCCGUCUAAUAUGUAAAUAAAAUGUUAAAUUCUUCCGGUAUGCUGUUCUCAAACUGAAACUAAUUUUCCGAAAUAAUUCUAUGCUGCCACCUAGUGUUUCUGGUUGCUUAGAUCAUGUGCAUUUAUUAUAUGUAUAUAUAUUUUUUUCUUAUUUUCCCUUUUAGAAGUUUCACAAAGGAAUAAUCACGUGACCAAAUCUUUUUAAAAUGCAAUGUUUUUUUUUUUUUUUUUUUUAUAUAUAAGCAAUUACAUCAGUCUCUGUCAUAUCUGAAUCAGAUCGUAAUAUAACAAUAAGGUUAUCGCUUUUAUCACAUAACGAUAUACUGUAUCUUCAAGCAUUGGCUAUUAUAUCUUCAAUUCGACCCGAUUUAUAUUAUUUCUGUUUGGUAUCGGCUCGAGAUACUGAUCAAGAAUUAAUACCAACCAUUAUGAGAAUCUGCUUCGUCGUAAAGGAGACGAUGCAAGACUUCAGAAAGCGAUAAGAACAAUGACGACGACGACACAACAACAACAACAACAACAACAACAACAACAACAACAACAACAACAACAACAACAACAACAACAACAACGACAACGACAACGACAACGACAACGACGACAACGACGAC